UGAAGAUUGUGCCUGCGCUUUAGCGCAAGAAGAUUUUAGGAUAACGCUUAUGAAGUGUUUAGUAGGAAAAUAGGUUCUGAACAUAGCAACUAUAGUUAGUUUUAACCAAUAUCAACAAUGGCAUCUCGCAGCGCAGGAACUCUGAUCACGACACAUAAUGCGACUUAUAUUCCUCCAUCUCUCAUGCCAGGGUACAGAGGAUACGUCCCGAAUUUAAUGUACAAAUACGGAGACACGUACGGUAACGCUACAUUAAAGUAUUUUCAAGACUUUAGAUCGGAAACACUGAACACUAGCAGAAGUCCCCUCGCUAAGGGUGGACAGUUUCCAACAAUCUACACUCACGACCCUGACCUCGUCAUUAGCAACCGAACAAGGACUCGAGAGAAAUAUCGAACAACCCCCACGUGGUCAAGAUUUAACCUAGAUUAUGACCGCACGAGGGAAUUACAUAGCUUCGAUGAGACAAGCCAGAAGCAUCGCGACAAUUACCGCGACAAAACUGGAAUCGUUCCUCGACAGAACCUGUUCGUAAUUCCCGUGAAAAAUGAAGAACGUUUUGCAGAUUUGCCAGGAAUAAUGCUGGAACGUACUGGCCGGGAGAGAAACAUUGACAUCGACGUUCCAAAGAUCACCGACGCGAGGCAUCGGGUCAAGAUAAUGCGGCAAAGAUUCGCACCAACCUCCGGCGUUCGGGAUCGCUCCAUGAGAGACGUAUAUUUCGAGUUGAGAUAGAGAUCUGCCGCCAUCUACCGGAUACAAUUAGCUAAAUUUUCCACCACAAUAUUGCACUUAUACCUUUCCAUACUACGCUCUUCUUUUCAAUGUUAUUAACUGCCAAAGUUACUCUUAUUUCUUCAAUGUCAUAAACAUGAAAUUCUCAUGACUGAAACCGAAAUUCUUUCGAAUGACGUAAGGUUAUAUAUUUCAAUAAACAAAGUCACACAUUAUGAGAAUCCACGCAUAGAGAGCUACAAAUAUUCAA